AUGCCGACAACUCUCCCAGUGCCUUCCAAAGGUGCGUUGCGAGCUCUCCGGAACAUCGCCCUUGGAACCUCAUGCACAAUUGCUUUCGGCGCAGGCAUGCUAACAGAGGACCGACGACGCCGCAUAAAUUCUGCCCAGGAAGUCCACAACAAUGCGAAGAAGCUCAAGUCUGCGAGGCAGUAUCACAGUGCGGGCACUACGUCGUUGGAAGAUUUCGAGGAUCAGACUCUACGACAUCGAGAAGACGCAUUUUGGCUCCCUAGCAAUGUGCUGCGAAGCAAGUUACGAAUAGUCGUGGAUCCUAAACCCGGUGAAGACUUUCGUGUGCUCGAAACUCCAGCGGCCAAGGAUCAUAUACCAGCGCUCCACGAGGUACCGAAACACAUCAGGCCGGACCCAGUAUUCGCCGCGAUGCCUCAAGCAGAGAACUCUCCUCCUCCAUUAGGACAUCGAGCGUUACGAAGAUUACGAGCACAGUCGAAUCGCGAAUUGGACUUGCAGGAACGCCAGUAUAAGCUUGCGUUGGAAAUCACCAAGCUCAUGGAGGAGAAUGCGACAGGGAUAGGGGGUGCUGCCAGUCUCUUCGUGGACGCCUUUGAAAGUGGUCUGGCUGUCGGUGAUUCCGGUAUCCAUCCGCUACUUGUGGACGCUGCCAUCAAACUUUCGGGUGUCUGUCAGAAACAUUCGAAGUACGAGAUGGUACACAGGAUAUUGGACAUAAUCCUGAAUUCAGGACCAAUUGCUGAAGAUGAUUAUCACCGAUUCAAGCCGUACGAGAUCAUCAGGACGUUGGUAAAGGUUGAACGAGGAAGCAGACUUGCAGAUCCUGUGAAUUUGAGGAAAGCUUGCAAGAUCUACCUUGCCAAGUUCAAAGAGAAGCCAGAGACUAUGUCCCAGCACAUGUUCUUCCUUGGCGAACGUCUCUGUCAAGAGACCUGUAGUGCCGGUAUGUACGAUCUAACGCAGCUCGUUUUUACCCGCCUCGAAUCGUGUCGUGGUGGAAGGCCGCUGAUAGCUGUUGACCAUCUGAUCACGGCCACACACGGCAGAGGACACCACAAGAGAAUGUUUCGAUAUUAUAGCAAUUUUUAUACGAAGACAACCCCGAAACGGCCAGAAUUUCUACAAGUUACCAGUCUAGUCAUCGAUUCUAUGCUAGUGCUUAAACAGAUUGACAAAGCCGAAAAAGUUCUGAUCUCUGCUAGCCGAAUGGCUGAGAAUGGGAAUAUGAAGAUGUCAACCACAUGGUUACUUCGUGUCUUGGGUGAAGAAUGGAGGUCGAACCGCGACAUGGUUCGAGCCGAGGCACUUUUCGUACGUCUAGAGCCUCUAUUGCCACUCACAAGUCAUCCCCAAGCUCUUUAUGGUGCUAUUAUCCAAUACUGUGUUGAGUCUCGGGACGACGGCCGUGCCUUGCACUACUACUCCCAGCUCCGUGAAUCUCACGAGCCAACCUCAGGCGAUUUACGAAUUUAUGGCCAUUUUGCCCUUGCCAAGGCCUACCGAGAAGAUUGGGAGGGGGUGAAGGAAGAUUUUCGCAAAAUGAAACCUUUCCGCACUGGCGAUGGGGAUGAUUACAGUGCCAUUUUCACACCGAUUCUAAAAGAAUUUUCGAAGAAGCAUUCCGUCUCAGAAAUUGAGGACUUUAUUCGACAUUUCCUCGUCGAGAUGCAUCUGAAGACAACGCGCCACAUCAUGAAUAUCAUGAUCGAUGUGUACUCGAAAGCCCGCGAGCUGGAUGCCAUUUCGCGCUGGAUCAAUUAUGCUAUUGCGGAUGGCUGUAAUAUUGAUGCCGUGACUACCAACAUCAUACUGAAAAACUGUGCCAGCACUUUCGACUAUCAUUUUGAAGAGAUUUAUGCACUAUACAACAAGAUACGAGAAUUAGGGCCCCAAAUGGUCGACCAUAACACCAUAGGUCUGCUGCGAAGCAUUGCUUUCUCGCACUGCUCGAAUCAGACUACGGCGACUAAGAGGCUGCGAAUCCUCAAGAGUCUGAACCCCGAGCAGUCAGAGAACAGCAUGGAGGUUUAUCGCGCGUUGGCUAUGACGUAUGCCAAAGAGAAUUACGUCGCGGUUUUGAAGGUCUACAAGCUUGCUGAACGCGAUCAUGUUCAUCUCGGACCUAAUCAUCUGUUAUUUGCUGUCAGGGCAUCCCUUCGCCUUCACAGGCAGGACAUCCGCGAGACAUCACGAUUCAUCGAGAAUGCUCACACUCGAGGUGUAGAUAUUACCAGAGCUAUCUCGACUGUCUUCAUCGACCAAAUGUCAUCGCUAUACGAGGAAGGGGGAAGCUCUAAUCGAGAGCGCCUGGAUGAAUUAGCCCGAAACACAAUAACUGCCUACGAGAGAUCUGGGAUUACUAUUCCACAGUCAGUCCUUACACACACCGCAAGCGUUUUGCAGAAACAAUGUCGCUACCGCGAAUCCAUCGAUUUUUGGGAUACGAUGUCCCGUCGCUUGCAAAUUCAUCCUUCAUCCUUCGAUCUUCCUACCCUCACAACUCUUCUACAGGGUUACUUGAAGCUGCAUGAUAUGAGUGGCAUCCGCUGGGUGGUGAAGAUGCUGUCUGCCAAUAGAUUGACGCCAGACACGCACGUGAUGAGAGUUUUAAAAAACACUCGCAGGAGCACAAUCCUUCACAUUGAGGCAACUUUUGCUUCAAGCUCGCUGCUCACGUUUCUUGAUUGUGUUGAGGAGGCUCUUCAGGCGUUCAAAACAAUACGAGAGGACGCCAUGGUCAACCGAAAAGAAGCAAGAACCAAGCUGAUUAACAUCAUGGAGACGGCAAUUGAGGACCAAGCACUGAGGGAGGCAUUUCAAGUGGCACCGUCGCUGAAGGGGGCAACGGCGGAGGCCCUUGAGGGUCAGGUUUCUCACAAUGUCAAUGGCUGUGGGAUGGAGGGCGUGUGUUUGGACCCAGAUACCGGAUCUGCCGAAGAUGCAAAUUUACCACCCGAAAGGGUUUCUGUGGCACUCGGGCGUUGA